AUGGCCAAAUCCCGCCGUAACAGGGCGAAAGGUGGUCAGCGCUCCGAUCCAAUUGCUAAACCAGUAAAGCCACCCUCGGAUCCGGAAUUAGCAGCGAUAAGAGAGAAAAGUAUUUUGCCCGUCUUGAAGGAUCUCCAGAGCACCGAACCAAAAUAUAGGACUGCCGCUGCUGGUGCCAUCGCCAAUAUAGUUCAGGAUACCAAAUGCCGAAAACUACUUCUACGGGAGAAGAUUGUUCAUAUCCUUCUUAGUGAGACUCUAACCGACGCAAGUCUGGAGAGUCGGGCAGCAGGAUGGGAAAUUCUACGCAUCCUUACAGCUGAGGAAGAGGCCGACUUCUGUAUCCACCUAUAUCGAGUUGAUGUUCUAACUGCUAUUCAGCAUGCCUGUGCGAAGAUAACAGCUACUCUCACGUCAACAAGUCCUGCUUUUAGCAAAACCACUAAAGCUGAGCAGAACUUCGUCUGGAGUAUUGCAGAGUCACUUACUGCUAUACUGUCAGCUCUAGGUGAAGCACAAGAUGAAGCUCUAGAUGCGGCCACUCGCAAUGAGCAAAUACUUCGGUUUCUCUUUACCCUCGUCACGUUAGAUUUCACAGCCGCACCGGUCUUGAAUAGUGCCCUCUCGUGUAUGAUCACGCUUUCUGAGGACAACAAACAGUUCGCGGAUGUGCUGCUUGCUGAUAAUACCACUAAGUGUUAUAAACAGCUCAUCGCAUUCAAGAGCGGCGAUGGCUAUAAGGCAGUCUUAGCUUGUGGUGUGUUGCACAACAUAUUCCCUAUGGUGAAAUGGAAUGAUCAUACUCCUGGCAAGGAUGGUGCUUGCGACGCUGUUCUCGUCCCCACGCUUUCUCAGACACUUGAGCACGUUCAAUCAAGUGGGAGCAUGACAAAUGGCAACAGCUCAACAAGCCCAGCGGAGGUUUUGCGGCUGGCUCUUGAGAUACUAGCAUCUAUCGGUACUACCCUACAGCAGACCCUGGAGUUGGGGAACAAAAAAGAAAAAAGGGCACAAAAGGCGGAUGUUAUGGAAGCUGAUAGCGAAGAGGACCUUUCUGACCAUGAAUCCGAUGAAGAGAAUGGAGAUGACGAAGAGAUGGACCAAGACGAAAUAGAAGCAGACAUGGAAAUGGUCACUGGAGCAGACGACGGCGACGACGAGAUUGAGGGCAUUGAUGACUUGCCUACCCUGAAAGAGCUUAUCCAAAAGGCAGUUCCACAACUUGUGAAAAUUGUUCGUGCAAAUGGUGGCGACGACGAGACCUCAGAACUUAUUCGUGGUCAUGCUUUAACGGCUCUGAAUAACAUCUCUUGGACGGUGAGCUGUAUUGAUUUUGCCGAGAAAUCGAAUGCAGCCAUAUUACACGCUUGGACGCCGACAGCACGUAUGAUCUGGCAACAGAUAAUAACGCCGGUACUUUCGAGUAAUACAUCUGAUGUCGAACUUGCUACGAUCGUGACGAGCCUCGCAUGGGCUGUCGCGAGGACUCUGCAUGGUCAGACGUUCCUCAGCGGAGAUGAGCAUAAAAAGUUCAUAUCACUGUACCACGCAUCCAAGAACCUCAAUCCAGACCAGGAAGAUCCAUUCCAAAGUCUUGGCGUCAAGUGUAUUGGAGUACUCGGACAACUCGCGCUUGUCGAAUCGAUCGAAUUAAAUCGGGAGAUGGGUAUCUUCCUCCUCACGGUAGUGAAGGGACUACCCGAGACACCGGCCGCAGACGUUGUAGAGGCCCUGAACCAAUUGUUCGAUAUCUACGGUGAUGAGUAUAAGGUAUGGGACAAAGAGGUUUUCUGGAAAGACAACUUUCUGCAGCAUUUUGAAGAGGCAACUCCAAUAGUGAAGGCUAUGGUGAAGACGAUUGAUAGGAGAAAAUCAACCGAGCUGCGUGUGCGUGCUGAAGAAGCGUACAUGAAUCUUUCUAGAUUCAUUCAGUAUAAGCAGAAGCAUAGACCUUGA